UGGCCCUAGGGUGAACAUAUUCCGCACAAACCCACCUCGCAUCGCAUAGCAGUUUGACCAUGACAUACAUACAUAGGCCGCCUCUCUGAGUUUCUCUCUCUCUCUCUCUGUUUCUGCGAUCUGUACGGCGAUUUCAUCAGUCCUUGCGAACACAGUUGAAGAAUUCGAAGAGGAACACGAUGGUUAAAGCAUACGCACAAGAGUACACCUACAAGCACCCAUGGGAGAGAGUAACCUCUGCAUCUUGGCGCAAGUUUUCUGAGCCGGAGAACAAGCGGGUUUUGUCCCAUAUCCUUGAAGUCGACACUUUGAACCGCAAGCUUGACCCUGAAGCAGGGAAGCUUUACACCACUCGUGCCAUCACUAUCCAUACCCCAGGACCGUGGUUCAUUUAUAAAAUUGUUGGUCAAGAAAUCUGCCACUGUGUUGAAUCAACAGUUGUUGAUGCCCGAUCCCGGUCAAUGCAACUGUCCACCCGCAACAUCAGUCUCCAGAAGUUUAUAGAAGUGGAGGAAAAGAUCAGGUAUGACCCUCACCCAGAUAAUCCAAAUGGGUGGACAAUUUGCAAGCAAGAGACUAGUAUAAGGAUUAAGCCACUAUCAGCUCUGGCAUCAAUGGCAGAGAAGAUAGAGCAACGAUGUGUUGAGAAGUUCCUGCAGAAUAGUGCCAAGGGUAGAGAGGUUAUGGAAAGAAUGUGCAAGUAUCUUGAAGCUGAAUCCACUGGAAUUUCGAUCUAGUACUGAAUCCAUCACUUGGAUUUUGGAGUUUUGAAUUGCUAGGUUCUAAGGAUUUUAGACUCUCGUAGAGAAUUAAUAGAACAAUCAAAGUGAAUUCUUCACUUUGGUAUUGAGCUCUUUCCAUGUUAAUGGUUUGGGCUGUUAAUCUCUUUUAGAAAAGAAAUCGAUGUGAAAAUGUAGGGCUGUAAAAAUACAGGAUUCUGAUAUUGGAAUCUCUCAUUUGGACGUGGGAAUUUUUAUUUAAUAAAACGUAGUUUGGGGAUGUGUUUUAGUUCA